AUGGCUGAAAGUACGGACGGUAGAAUACCAGGUCCAGACCAACAACAAGCUCCAAAGCUGGAAAACCAAUCAGAUCAGCAACUCCCUCAACAAUCAGAACAACUGCAAAAUCAACAAUCAGAACAAAUCCAACCUCAACAAGAAGCUCAGUCUACCAAAGGGAAAGGAAAAGGUAAAGGAAAAACUGAUAAAUCAGACCUGCCUAGACCUUAUAAAUGUCCCAUUUGUGAAAAAGCCUUCCAUAGAUUAGAACAUCAAACAAGACAUAUAAGAACCCAUACUGGUGAAAAACCUCAUUCUUGUACUUUCCCAGGCUGUUUUAAGAAAUUUUCAAGAUCUGAUGAAUUAACAAGACAUUCAAGAAUCCAUAAUAAUCCAAAUUCAAGAAGAAGAACUUAUAAUUUGAAAAAAAAUCAAACUAAAUCUAAAAAAGAUGAUGAAUUAAAUGAAAAAGAAGUUGAAAUUAAAAAAGAUCUGAUUGCUCAAACUACAAAUUCAUCAAAUCAAAUAUUGAAUGGUCAUAAUAUUACUCAAUCUUUACCAAAUUCGCCUCCAAAGACAAAUUUUAAUUUCUCACCAAAUUUGAAUUCAAAUCAACAACAACAUCAACAACAUUAUACAAAUCAUGAUGUACAACAUUUCCAACCACCAUCGUUAUCACAACAGCAACAACGACCAAAUAAUGGAGAAGGUAGUCUGUUUGAUAUCAAUAUCCUUGCCAAGGCUGCUGCGUUAGAAUUAGAGAAAGAACAACAAAUUCAAAAUAAUUUACAAAAUACAAGAUCUUUACCUCAGCUGUCAAAUUAUUUCCAGUCAAAUAUGAAUAAUACAACUUCAACCACUUCAACUAAUGGUUCAACUCCAUCAAACUCUUCACCAAAUGCUUCAUUAUCAGGUACACCAACUUCUAAUUCAAUACCCCAAUUCUCAUCUCAACAAACACAACAACCAAAAGCUCCACCUAUUAUUAGAUCAAACUCAUCAACUACUUCACCAACUUUAAAUCAAACACAUAUACAUUCACUUAAUUCCUUAAGUUCAUUACAAAGAAUGACACCUUUAAGAAUGAAUUCACCAAUACCAUCAAACGCAUCAUCAUCAAGACCCCCAAUUAAUAAAACAAAAUCAAAUGUUUCAUUAACUUCAUAUAAUGAUAAUUUAGAAGAUGAUUCAUAUUAUAAUUCUGAUCGUUACAAAAAAUCAAGACCAAAUUCUCCAUCAUCAACAAGACCACAAUCACCAAUUCCAAAUAAUGGAGGAUUUUCAUUACCAGUAUCAAAUUCAAAUUCACUGACAAAUUUACAUCAUGCACUGAAUUCUCAUUUAGGUAUGACUUCACUGAGUAAUGGUGGAUCAAUUGCCAAUUCUAUGGGUUCGAGUGUAAAAUUUCAAUUACUGGGUAAAACCCCAGAAGCUACACCAUUACAAACACCUGCAGUUUCUCCAAAAUUAAGUGCUAGAACUUUGGGAUCAAACGGUGCAGGAAAUAAUGAUAAUGAUUUACCACCUCUGAAAAGUUUAGGAUUGAGUUUCCCAAUUGAUGGUGAUAAAAAAUGA